AUGUUAUCUCACAACAAGGACCAGGUGCUGCAACAGACCACAGUGCCCCCAGCGUGUCCCCCACUGGUCCUCUCAAAAUUUGUGGAUUCCCCUCCACCCAACUUAGGCCCUGGUUCUCCUCUCCAUCAAUCCUUCCCUCCUUUCCACCUCUCUUUGCCCCCUGCCACGCAGGGCCCCCCAAGUUUCCCCACUCUCACCCACCAAAACUAUACUUCUUUUGGUGAAAACCCCCUCUCUCUAUACCCGACCUCUCCCGCCAACUAUCAGCUGUGCCUCUCUUCUUCUCUUAUCCAAUCCUAUCUUUCUCAGCUACAAAACUCCUCUCCUCGCGCUUGCCAGUCUCCGCCCCAUAGCUCCAGGCUCACUUCCGGUAGGCACCGCUCACCACCUGGGGGGGCAAGGGGAUGCGUGGCAAGCAAGGUGGAUCCUGCAUUAUUCAAGGACCUAGACGCCAUCAUCCAAACCCUGGUGGGUCGUCUGGGGCCCCACAGAAUUGCUAUAGACCUGCAGCUACUGUUUCUGCAGCACAUGUGGCUAGGCACAGAAGGCCAGGUCCCAGUCGUGGCGUAUCCUAUAUGUCUAGUGUGCCUCCAGUACCGCACCCCAUCUUGCCCCACCACCAAGUACAAGACUGUACCCCGGCUGCUUGCCUACCCUCAACUACGGGUUCCCGUGCGGGGCCAGGAAGCUGGGCCUCUCCAAGUAAGCAUUGGCUUCGGCCUCUGCCUGCCUCGGGGCCAGGCGAAGGCUUUGCAUCUGCUGCCAAAAAAAAAGCAGGAGGGAGCAGAGUCUCAGGGAGAGGCCCUCCAGAGACAAAAGCCUGCAACCCAGGCACCAUCAGCUCAGACCACAGGCGCAUACUCCCAGGCCGGGAGGCUCAGGUCUGCAGAUCUUCAGUCACCAAAAUCCAGGCAGUGCCCCAGGCCUCCACCAAGAUGGCAGAUCCGCCGUCCUUCGGGGUUAGGAACCGGAUCCGAAGCCAGGGUUCCGUGGCAGCAAGUCCCGCUAGUGCUGACGCGGAUUGGCGUCGUGCGCUUGCGCAGAGAGAGCCAAGGAGCGCGGCGCGUGCGCACUAAGCGUCUGCGCGACCCGGUCAGUCGCGCGAGCGCAGAUCGGUGGUUUGAAGUGGUGGUGAACCGCCCGGCUCAGAGGGGUCCCGCGUCUUCGCAGCGACUGCGGCACCGAUUUCGGCAGCUUUCAAAGGCGGGGCGCGGCAUGUCGUGGGUUCCGCGGGGCUGGCAGUGA